AGAUAUCACAAUAAAUUUUUUUUUUUCUUUUGAAUUAUUGAUUUAUUGUCUACGCUAUUGUAUUAGAAAUAAUGUUGUUUUUUUGCACACAGUAGAUUUCUCUAGGAAAAUUUAUUUUGCCGGUCGUUUUUAACAAAUAAUCAAAGGCUGAUAGGAGCAUUUUUUCAAAGUAUCGAUCUUUAUGCGAGAUGUACUUGUGCAUUCAAAAAUACAACUUCAAUGAAGUGGUUUUUGAAAUCGUAUUAUUUUUUAGGUCAGCAAUGGUUAGUUUAAACAUAUUAGUACGUUUUGUAUUGUUGUAGUUGAAUCUGAUGUCACGUUAAGAACUUCGAAAAUUGGUAUUUUAUUUGUCUUCUGUCUUACUUUGGAAACUUAAAAAAAUCUUUGAUUUUAAAUGAUUUAUAGUCAAUUACAGUAAGUUAAGGUGAUUUAUUCGAUUAAAAAUAAGUUAGAAUAAUUUAUGUGAUUUAAUUUUGAUUUUAAUCAGUGCUUACCAUCUGGAUAAAGCUAUUUAAAUAUAAAGGAGAUAUUAGGUAGUGUGACUAGUUCUAGUUAUAUAGCUUUCUCUGCUUCUCGUUCUUCAUAUAUUUAUCUAUUCCGUCUUCUUGCUUUCCUACAUCAACUGUGACUUUAUAUAUAUAUCAUUAUUUAUUGUACAGGAAAAAAAAAUACAUCAGUCAAUUUUGACUAGGAAUUAUACAGACAAAUACAUAAUCCCAGAAAAACAAAACAACGCUUACAAACAAAAAGAGUAUUUGAAGUUCAAAAAAUAAAAAUUAAUAUCAUUUGCGCCUUCAUGUUGUUGGUGGUAGAGGAAAAUUUUUAUAAUUUUCUUUGUUAGAUUCCAUCGAUUUGAAAACUUCAUCUAAAAAAAGAACACAUGAAAUAAAUAUGGUGACGUCUUUGAUGAAUAUAAAAUGCUUACCUCCUUAUCCCUUCAGCUAUGUCCAAUAAUUCCUAAUAAUACUUUUUCAACUAUUUUACAUUUUGUGGUGCACUAUAAUUUGCAUAUGCAUUGAUAUGCGUUUGUACUUCUUCUAAUUCUUUUUUAAUUUAUCUGGUUUAAAAUGAAAAUGAAAAUUAAUUGAAGAUAUACAUAAUAAAGGUUUAGCAAUACAACAUGCUGCUGAUGAACAUAUUAUGGUUCAUAGUUAUAUAAAUAAUAAUGAUGAUGAUGACGAGCAAACAAAUCAAAUAAAACAAGAUAAAUUAAAAAUAGAAUUAGAUUUUAUAGAAAAAUUACUAUGA